AUGAUGAGCGUGCAGCGUAAUGGUGCCUUUCAAGAAUAUUUGGUCGUCGACUCAACAGAGGCGUCAAGAAUCCCCGACGAAAUGGCAUUUGAAACAGCAGCACCGUUGGCUUGCGCUGGAAUCACUAUAUGGAGAGGCAUCUUGCAGGCGGAGCUAAGACCGGGUCAAUGGCUAGGAAUCGUAGGUUCAGGAGGCGGCUUGGGACAUCUUGGCAUUCAGUUUGCAAAAGCGAGAGGGCUGAAGGUUAUUGGUGUUGACGCCAGGGACGAAGGUAUCGCUCUAUCGAGAGAGGCAGGUGCAGAUGUUGUGCUGGACGCGCGCUUUGGUAAGGAAGAUGUUGCGAGACGGGUUUUCGAAGCCACUGGUGGAAAGGGUGCGGAUGCAACCCUGAAUGUGAGCGAUGCAAAGCUAGCAGCGGCAACUGCUUGCGCAAUCACAAAAAAUCACGGAACCAUGGUGCAGAUGGCGUUGCCUCCUGAGGUCUCAAUACCAUUUUCAGAAUACAUCUUCAGAGACAUACGUGUAAAGGGAUCGUUUCUCUGCUCACAAAAGGAAGCUGAGGAUAUGCUCCGAUGCGUGGUCGAGCAUAACAUCAAGAUUGAGAAGAGUAUCUUUCAUGGAUUGGAUCAAGUCCCGACGGCGGUGGAGAUGUUGAAGACUGGUGGAUACAGAGGGAAGGGUGUCAUAAUUGUGGAUGGAAGUCUCUGA